AUGAACAUUUCCAGCCAGAAACCAUAUUCAGGAUUGCUGACUGAUAGACUAGAGAUCGGGCUCACUGCAGUCACCUUUUAUUUACGUUCACCCAACCCACGGGAUGAAAAUGGGUGGGGGUGGAUUUUUCGGUUCCAGGUUUUCAGAUCUAGGGAUGAGACGUCACAUCUUCUCCCCUGUUCCGACUCUCAGGGCAUCCCCGUCCGUUUGGGGUGCUUCCCAGGCAUCUCAGGUGGUUCUUUCUGUCUCCCGCAGGUGCUUGCAUAUGUGCAAGGUGAGGUAGUGGAGAGCUUGUCUCAUUACACCGGCCGGGUGGCGUUCGCCUUCUCGCCGACCAAGAGCGCCACCAUCAUCCUCAACGACACGCGCGGUCUGGAUAGCGGCAUAUAUCAAUGCAGCGUGACGAACCCGCCUGAUACCUCCACGCCCAAUAUUGGGGUGGUCCGGCUCACCGUGUUUGUGCCGCCCUCCAACCCACGAUGCUCGAGCGAAGGGACCACGGAAGAAGGAGGCAGUCUCCAGUUCUCCUGCACGGUAGAGGAAGGGAUGCCCCUGCCCACCUUCACCUGGGAGAAAAUCCCCCCUGAAAACACGCAGCCUUUGGUGGUGAGCUACGAAGACGACCGCCGGGCUCUCCUGCCUUUGCCGAACCUCACCGCCGACGCCUCGGGGCUUUACCGCUGCCUGGCCGCCAACAUGCUGGGCUCCGUCUCCUGUGUCCUGGAGUUGCGGGUUCACGUCGCCCCCCACGGCCCCACCUCCCUGGUGGUGGGCAUCACCCUCAUGCUCAGCAUGGGGCUGGUCCUGCUGACCCUCUUCGCCCUGGGCUUGUGGCUGCACCACGACCGCGUGGCCAAGUGGCCAGAGAACGAAGAGGAAGACUCACACAACGAGAUCAGGAUCGACAGUUUUUCCUUGGGGCGCCUGAUCGUGGCCCCCUCCGGAGACGGCCUGGCAGCCCCUUCCGCCUCCAAGCCCCUCUGGAUCUUCACCAGCUCCACACCCAACACCACCUUCGCCCACCGCGAAUGGAGGCCCCGGACGCAGAAGAAGGCGAGCCAGGCCGCACCGCCGGGGGGCCUCCAACCGCCUGCCCCAGCCGGCCCCGGGAGAUGGAGGAGCGCCAGCCUCUCGGAGCGGCAGGACUCCUUGUCCAGAAGCGAGGAGAAGCACCCCACCCCCAAACCCAUAGGGUUCCUGGUCUAGGAGCCGCUGGGUACGGGAAGGUGCUCGUCAUGCCAAUAGAGAUGGGAUUGUUGGGGGGGGGAGGCCAAGGCUGUGCUGUUGUGACCCCCCUACACGGGUGGCCAUUUUUGGCUUGUACUCCAUAAGAAUAAGAAUAAUAAAG